GCUACAAUAUUGGUGAAUCUGGUUCCUCCUGCACGCUCACAUCUAAGAGCAUCCAAAAACUCUCCAGCCGGGAGUUUCAAACAUCAGCAAUACAAGCAGUGAGUGGAGUUCUUGCCAAAAAAGUCAGUAGUUUGAGCUUUCCUAGUUCAGUCAUUCAGUCUGAGUUAACAGGUGCUGUAUCAGGUCAAACAUUCUCUGGCAUUGUAAAGACAGAGUCAAUUCAACCAGUGGGCUCAGCAGCGUCAGUAGUUGUUAAGACUUUUGUGUCAGAUAUGAAGUCCUUGGCUGAAUCUGAAGAGAGUCCUCAACAGAAGAGUGCCUGGUCUGCUGCUGUUCACAUUUACCACAGCAUCCAAAACAACUUGAAAGAUUAUUUCGGCAAGCUUCAGCGAUGUGCCUUAAAGAGCAUUGUCACAUCUGAUGAUAACAUCACAAAUGCUGAGUUUAAGGAGACAGUUCCACUUCCUUGCUUAAACAUGAAAUAUAGGCCCAGUAAGAGUGAGCCUCAGUUGCCAGAGUCCACUGGUGCAGUUACUUUACAAAGAGGCCUAAGUGAGAGCUCAAAACUUCUUUGGGCAAAAACAGAGUCAGAAGAAAGCAAGCUCCUUCUGACAACUUGCACCAAAGAAGUCAUCUCAGCGCUUCUGGUCUUGUACAACACUGAGAUGUCAAAGGAGGACCCCCUGUACACUGUUGGAGAAAAAGGAUCAGGCUUCUCUAUUGAGAGAGAGAAAUUUGUAGAGGGUGUUCUGGCUCAGCUUGGGGAUAUCUCCCAUUCCAGGGCCUCAUCACCAAUAGUAUAUGAGUUCUCCUGUCAAAAUGAGGACAGCAGAAGUAAGGCCACAGCUUCUUUGACCAGUCUGUUCAAUUGUAUUAGAAAACUCUCAAGUGAGGAAUUUAAGAGAAAUGCCACUCAAGCAGUGAGUGAGUUCCUAGUUAAAAAGUCCACCAGUAGCUUAACUAGUGCACAGCCUGCUUAUUCUGUAGCAUCCAGGUCUUGUUCCAUUCAAAACCAGUACACAUGGUCAAAGGAUAUUUGUGCGGAUUCUGCUGCCUUUGGCAUCAUUGAAACAUUUGUGGAAGACCUGCAGAGCUCGGCGCAACCUGCAGAAGUAGAGGAGAGAGAACCUGACCUCCAGGAAAAUGCACAAAAGCUACAGAGCAGGAUCUGGUCUGCUACCACUAGUUUAUAUAACAAUAUUCAGAAGACCUUAAAGGACUUCAUCAUUCAUCAGCGGAGGUCAGACAUGCUGAGCAGAAUGUCUAGUCAUAUACCCACAGAGGACUCUGGACAUCUUGGGACUAAGGAGCACAUUUGUUUGGCAAGCCAGGACUUGAGGCAAGCUAGUAAGAGUGUGCCUCACUUGCACAGUUUGAACCUUGAAGUGGCUCUACACAUGGGUGUCAGCGAGAGUUCAAAACUUCUCUGGACUGAAACAGACGAGGCUCUACUGACCAAUAGUACCAAAGAGGUCAUUUCAACAAUCUUGACCUCAUGCGAGGAUCAGGCAUCAAAUGCACCUUGCUUCUCCACAGUAGGAAAGAAAAUAUCUGAUAUGUCCCUUGAGGUCAACAUGUUGGUAGGUGGUGUUCUGUCUCAGCUGAAGGACAUCUCCUUGUCAAGGUCCCCAACACCAUGUGAAGACAUGUUUGAACGUCUCCAAGGUUCUCCUGAGCGAACCUCUCCAGUAAGUCUAGAUUGCAGCACGGCUGCCUCCAAAGGCACUGCAUCUUCCCACAGUCUUUCAACAAAGAUCCUUCAAAAACUCUCUAGUCAUGAGUUCCAAACCAAAGCUGAGAAAGGAGUGAGUGAGGUCCUCUCUAGAUCAUUUAACAUUGUGGAGGAAGGCACAACAGAUAAGUACCUCCAGCCUGUAUCUACAUCCACCACAUCUACUGAUAUUAUACAAACCAUGGUGAAAGACCAGCAGGAGCUCACCCAGACCACCCAAUCAUCGGACAUGGUAUCUGGAACCUCCCUGCUCACCACUGGACAGGUUUCUGAGAAAAGGAUCUGGUCUGUUGCUCGUAACAUCUACUACAGUCUGCAAAGUAAGAUUACGGAGUUUCUCAGAAAAGAUCUUCAAAGAUCAGACACAACACUUGGUUCAAUCCAAAUCUUUACAUAUCAAAGCAGUCCUGCAUCACAAAGAGCAAGUCUCGGCCAUCUUGAGAUCAACCAGAGCAGUGUUACACCUGGAGGAAACGUUGCCUGUGUGGACAUUCCGCACAAAUUACUACCUAAAACCUCUGAGCUCUCAGGAUCCAUGCUGGAGGAUAUUGACACGAUCCGUUGUAGGAGUGCUGACAGCCAAAAUACAAGAAAUACCUCUUCACGCUCCUCCAUCUCUCUAACAUCUACUUCAAAAUUAAGGCAGUCGAAAUGGCACUUUGCCUUACCCGGGACUCCCAUCCCCACUGAGUUUCCUGCUCAGAUUGACUUUCCCAUUGUUAGAAACACAAUCAUUGAGGACUUCUUUCACACAGAGGACUUACUUCCUGUAACCUUUGUGGACAAAGUCAGGCAAGCUGCUGGGGUGGUAGUGGACAUUAUGGUGGAAAGUGUUGAGAACACACAGGAAGAUGGACAGGGUGCUUCUCAUCUUGACGACCUCCGAUCUGCUGUUAGGAAAUUGAGAAAAAUAAUUUCCACUUGGACCAUCCACAUUUUCAGUCAUGAAUUGGUGGAUAAAGUGAUAGCCCUUCAGGACAGCCACAGCACUCCACAGGUCUUAACAUUGGAAGCAGCCAAAAGUGCUUCAGACUCCAUUCUUUCAAGGCUGAAAUGGAGAAAGGAACAAUGUGCCAUAUCCAAGGAGCUCUCCUCUCAGCUUCUCCAGAUAUUUGCUGAAGAGACAGUGAAGGGCUUCCUGAGACAGUGGUCAGAUGAGUAUGAAAACAUAAACUUUGAUGUUUCAGUCCAGAACGAUCCAAAGACUUCUACUUGCAUGGUCAUUCUUCAAAUGAUCACCAAAGCCACUGCUAAAUGUUAUUUUGAGUCCACUACCAGCGUGGCCACCAGUGACAUUGUAGAAGGCGUGUUUGAUUUGGAAAGGGAUACCAUCAGCAGUACUGGAGAGCAGGUCCUCACCUUUAACACAAAGGGUUCCAAGAAAGUUAGUAAGAACCUCUGUCCUCAAGAGUCUCUGGAGUACCAGCCUCAGAACAUUUCCCCUACGGUGUACUUUACAGUGUCUGAUAAAUGA